GCCUGUGCAGUGGUUACGUCCGCAGAUGGGGUCCUUUCCGAAGGAUCUCACCUGUGCAGUGGUACUCGGUUGUUAUGUCUGCUGGUGGUGUCCUUCGCGAAGGAUCCUGUGUUCAUUGAUUUGGCUCACAAUUGGCUUCCAGGCGAUAUCGAGAGGAUUAUAACUGAUGUUGAGCAAUCCUGCCUCUCAGACAUUUCCUCGUUCAUGGCGACAUCCUCCAAGGCCCUCUUGCUACGUCAUCGACCUCAUCCCCCUGCCCAUGCACAUCCUGAAAUGCUGCAGAAAUCAGCUGUGGCAAGUUUUCGUUCUUAUCUCAAUGUUCCCAUUCCUGCCCAUCGAAAAGCGCUAGUGCGCCUGUUGACGUCUUCUCAUACACUUGCCGUCGAGGUCCUCCGAUGGGCGGAACGAAGGCGUCCUCCCGUUCCCCGCUGUCAGCGUUUGUGCCGUCUUUGUGGUUCAGAGGUCGAGGAUGAGGCACAUGUUUUGCUGUACUGCGACGGAACUAGCGACUUACAGGAUUUAUUCUUUCACAACAUUUUCGCGCUGGCAAGUCCUCCCCUUGCAGCUGCGCUGAAGUCCGCAUCAUUUGGACUCCAUGUUCUCCAUAUCCUUCUGGAUAGUGACGAUAGUCGAGUCCUUAUUUCUUUUGCCAAGUACGUUUUUGACGUGUUCCGAGUUAUCAACCGUACACCACUGUAUCAUCCAUAAAUACUCGAAUUCUGUAAAAUUCCGUGUUUCGUUUCUCC